CCCGCCCCCAGGGCGCCGUGUCCCGGCGGGAGGAGGAGGAGGAGGAGGCAGGAGAAGGCUCGGAGCCCGGGGAGGUGGGGCCGGGGCAGGUGCCAGGGGAGGCAGGAAGGGGCGGGCAGGGCGCUGCCCGCUCCUCGCCAUUGGGAACCGGCCGCAGGCAGCGGCGGAGCCCGCCCGGCCCGAGCGCAGAGCCGUGGCGCUCGGAGGACGGUCCCGGAGCGCAGCAGCGGAGCCGAGCACCGACGGAGAGAGGUGGCUGCCCCGCAGCCCUCAGCGGAGCCCCGGCUGGGGGUCCCGGAGCCCGACUGAACCGCAGCGCAAAGUCCCGUCCGAGGCGAGCACCGGAGCCCGGCUGAGCCCCGCAGCAGAGCCCCGGCGGAGGGUCCCGGAGCCCAGCUGAGCCCCGCAGCAGAGCCCCAUCUCGGACGCCGCUGAACCUCCCGCAAAGUCCCAUCGGAGCGUCCCGGAGCCCGGCUGAGCCCCGCAGCGGAUCCCGGUCGGAGCGUCCCGGAGCCCCGCUGAACGCCACCGCAGAGCUCCGUCAGAAGGUCCCGUAGCCCGGCUGAAUCGCACCGCAAAAUCCCGCCGCAAGUCCCGUCGGGAGUUCCCGGAGCCCGGCUGAGCCCCGCAGCGGAGCCCCGCCGGAGGGUCCCGGUGCCCGGCAUCAGAUUCCCGUCCGAAGGUCCCGGAGCCCCGCUGAACCCCACGGCAAAGCCCCAUCGGAGGGUCCCUGAGCCCCGCUGAACCCCACGGCAAAGCCCCACCGGAGGGUACCGGAGCCCGGUCUGGGCAGCCGCUUGCGCCGGAGCCCGCUCGGAGGAGGCUCCCGGAGCCCGCGGGACCCUCGGUGAGCGGCGGUGCCCGGGGGCUUUUCCCCCCCGGUCCCUCCAUGGACUGAGAUGGCCUCGGAGCUGGCCAUGAGCGCGGAGCUGCCCACGAGCCCCCUCGCCAUCGAGUACGUGAACGAUUUCGACCUGAUGAAGUUCGAGGUGAAGAAGGAGCCGGCGGAGGCGGAGCGGCUGUGCCACCGCCUGCCCGCCGGGUCCCUGUCGUCCACCCCGCUCAGCACGCCCUGCUCCUCCGUGCCUUCCUCGCCCAGCUUCUGCGCUCCCAGCCCCGGUGGGCAACCGGCCCCCGGCCCCCCGGCUACCACCGCCGCUUCCCUGGGCUCCAAACAGCAGCUGGAGGAGCUGUACUGGAUGUCGGGUUACCAGCAUCACCUCAACCCCGAAGCUCUCAACCUGACGCCGGAGGACGCGGUGGAGGCGCUGAUCGGUGCCCCUCACCACCAUCAUCAUCACCACCAAGGGUACGAGCCCUUCCGACCUCAGCCCUUCGGGGGCGAGGAGCUGCCGCCGGCCGCGCAUCACCAUCCCGGCCAUCACCAUCAUCAUCAUCACCACCUACGCCUGGAGGACCGGUUCUCCGACGAUCAGCUGGUGAGUAUGUCCGUGCGGGAGCUGAACCGGCAGCUGCGGGGCUUCAGCAAGGAGGAGGUGAUCCGCCUCAAGCAGAAGAGGAGGACCUUGAAGAACCGGGGCUACGCUCAAUCCUGCCGCUACAAGCGGGUCCAGCAACGGCACAUCUUGGAGAACGAGAAAUGCCAACUGCAGAGCCAGGUGGAGCAGCUCAAGCAGGAGGUGACCCGCUUGGCCAAGGAAAGGGAUCUGUACAAAGAAAAAUACGAGAAGUUGGCCGGCCGGGGCUUCCCGCGGGAGCCCUCCCCAUCCGCCGCCCCGAAAGCCACCGCUGACUUCUUCAUGUGAGCCGGGCUGGUGGGAUGGGGUGGGAUCCCCUUUUUUUGGUUUUUUUUUUUUUUUCCUCAUGCGGGGAGAGAGCAAACCCGCCGCUUAUAUUUAAAAAGAAAAAAAAAAUUAAUAUUAUGAAGUCCCCACCGAAAUUUUGGGGAGGGGAAGUCGAACUCCCUCCCUCCCACCACGCACCCACCCAUCGGGACUCGGGGUGGGGGUCCCGGGGUGGGGGAGUGGGGGGCAGCCCUGCAUGCGGGACGUGUACGGCCACCCGCCCCCCUGCCCGGGAGCAUCAGCGCCAUCCAGGUGGCUUCUCCCCACCUUUUCCUGCGGGUUUUCCCCUCCAUUGGGAUUUUUAUUCUUCGAGGGAUCCCCCACGGAUCGGCCGGGGGGGUCCCCGGCAGCGCUGCGCCCUGUCCGGCCCCCUCCGCCCACCCCCCAUUCCCGGCCGGCAAACCUGAGCCACGUUUAACUUAUUCACCCUUGUAAAUAUGUAGAAAGUUAGUUCGUUUUUUGCCUUUUUUUUUGUUUUUCUUUCUUUUAUUUUUUUUUCCUUGAGCCUAUAUUUUGCUUGGUGAUUUACGAGAAAAAGAAAACGAACAAAAAAAGGAAAAACCAACAAAAAAACCCUAAAAUCCUUUAGAAAAGAGAAAAAAAAAUUACACGAGUCUUAAAAGUUUGUAUGUAAUAGCAUGCAAAUAAUAUCCGAGUUAAUUUAACGAUGUUGGGAAGAAGCCGAAUGCACUAUAUACAGGAAUCGAUUGGGUGAAAUAAUACUGUUUUAUAGAGAUUUAAAAUUAUCUAUGCUCUUAAAAAUAGUGGGGAGGGGCGGGAGGGGAAAAGGUAACAAUUUUAGGGUGACCUGAAAGGCAAUAUAGUAAUAUAUGGACUGCAAACGGUUGGCUGCUAUCUCACUAUGCACCAGAUUUAUUUAUUAACCCUUGGGAAACGGAAAAUCUUAUUUUAACCUCGAUGUUUGGAGAAAAAGGAAAAAAAAAACAGACGGCAAGAAAAUGCACAUUAUUUGUUGUGGAAACAAGAGGAAAAAAAAGGAUUAAGAAUUCGUGCAAUCGUUGGAGCGAAAGCGGGACCGAUCCUGCGCGGAGGAGCGGGGCGGGUUUGUUUGUUUGGUUUUUUUAAACGAGUUGCUUAUUUAAAAAAGGAGAAAAAAAAUUAAAAAAAAAAAACAAAUUUUGGGGGGGAAAACAAAAGGGUCCUGCGGACAAAGCGAGCUUGGGAGCCUGGUGCAUUUUAGGGACUGAUCGUGCGAAGCGUUUUUAACGACCUGUUGUUUCGAUUUGUGACGGUUUUAAUGAUGUUGCAUCAAGAUAAAAACUUAUAUUCAACUA